AUGAGCAGAUUAGAGGUAAAAAAUUUAACACAAACCUUUAAUCAGAAGAACACCGCAUUGCGGGUCCUCGAUGGUUUGAAUUUCUCUGUUGAUGAUGGGCAGUUUGUCGCUUUGUUGGGUCCCUCUGGGUGUGGCAAAAGCACGCUUUUUAAUAUCGUUUCAGGGUUACUUGUACCAGACACUGGAGAAAUUUAUCUCAAUGACGAGCGCAUCUACGGCAACACGGGGGAUUUCGCCUACAUGCAGCAAAAGGACCUCCUUUUACCGUGGCGGACAGUCCUCAGAAAUUCACGACGAACCCCUGAAUACCGCGAAGUGGAGGCGCAACAGCGUUUAGCACAACUCGGAUUGAGCGGAUUUGAAAAUAGUUACCCGAUGCAGCUUUCGGGAGGUAUGCGGCAACGCGUCGCACUCGUCCGGACGCUUCUAUUUCGGAAGGAAAUUCUGCUUUUAGAUGAACCCUUCGGCGCACUGGAUGCAAUGACUCGCACCGUCAUGCAGUCUAUUCUACUCGACAUCUGGUCAGAGAACCGACAGACCGUUUUGCUCAUCACCCACGAUGUUGAGGAAGCUCUUCUACUUGCGGAUAAAAUCUACGUACUGACAGCCAGACCUGCAACGCUAAAAGCAGAGGUCCCUGUUCCAUUGCCCCGUCCUCGGAACAUCACGGACACCUCCCUCAUUCGCUUGAAGAAGGAACUUUUAACGUUAUUACAGGUCGAAAUGUCAAAGGUUUUUGAUGCAGGCUAA